AUGAGAGGGGCGCGCGUGUGUCUGCUGUCUGCACGGCUGCGAUGGGAAGACACGCGAGGAGAUGCGCGCAGGGGCGCGCGGGGGACGAGACGAGCGGUUAUACGGAUGGAUAACUGGGCGAAUGCGAACGCGAGCGGAUGGGAAGACGCGUUGAGGAUGCAUGCGCGCAGGGGCGUGCGGGCGACGAGCGGUCAUGUGGACGGGAAACGGGCGAACGCGCAAGCAGGAUCGAUUGGCGUGUGUCUGCUGUCUGCACGUCUGCUGGACAACCGCGGGCUGCAACGGGAGACACCCACCAACCCCUUUUUCAUGCAGGUCAUCGUCGUGAGUCGAAGUGACAAGUGCGGUCGGUGGGGGGCGAGCGACGUGAGAGAGGGACGCGCGUAUGUCUGCCGUCUGCUCGACAGCAACGGGAAGACGCUUGAGGGUGCACGCGCGGGGGCGUGCGGGUCGCGAGCGGGUGCGCGGAUGGAUAAGCAGUUGGAUGUGAACGCGAGCGGAUGGGAAGAUGCGGCACUUGGUACUUGGGCGGGACGUGGUCACGGUGGUACUUCUGCACUUGGGCACCUCUGCACGUGGGCACCUCUGCACGUGGGCACUUCUGCACGUGGGCACCUCUGCACGUGGGCACUUCUGCACGUGGGCACCUCUGCACGUGGGCACUUCUGCACGUGGACACCUCUGCACGGGGCACUUCGGCACGGGGGCAUUUCGGCACGUGGGUCUCCUGCACGGGGGCACUUCGGCACGUGGGUCUUCUGCACGGGGGCACUUCGGCACGUGGGUCUUCUGCACGGGGGCACUUCGGCACGUGGGCACUUCGGCACGUGGGUCUUCUGCACGGAGGCACUUCGGCACGUGGGUCUUCUGCACGGGGGCACUUCGGCACGUGGGUCUUCUGCACGGGGGCACUUCGGCACGUGGGUCUUCUGCACGGGGGAACUUCGGCACGUGGGCACUUCGGCACGGGGGCACUUUGGUACUUCUGCUGGGUCACCAUUGGCUGCAUUGGCGAGCUCGCGGGUGGGACGAGUUACUUCGGUGGGCGGGUGGCUAACGGCGGUUGGCGAGAAACUUGUGGCGAACACGGGUGGGAUGGAGUGA